GCGGCCCAGGUACGCGGCGGGGGGCGGCGGCGCGGCCAUAUUUGGCGAUUUCGGCGCUGCCGGAGCCCCUCCCGCCGCCGCCGGGAAGCUCGGCCCGGGGCAGCGCCGUCCCCGCCCGCCGCCGGGCCUGAGUCACGGCGGGCGGGGGGCGGAAGUAACGGACGGGGGGCGCACGCCCGGCGCUCCUGGCCUUAUUUAGUCAAGGAGGCUGCCGAUUGGCGCGCGGGACAAAGGGGAGGCGGCGGGGCAGCCUCGGGGCGCAGGAGUGGCCAGACCCCUCCGAGGGUUCGGGGCGGGAGCUGGGCGUGGGAGGCCUCGGAGCCUGGGGAGUCCCGGGUCCGAGGGCGGCGGGGAUGCGGGGCUGCCUGCCCCUGGGAAGUGGGCGGGCAGGGCGAGGCCUCGAGUCCGCGGGGCGCAGGGGGCUGGACCGGACGCUGUGAUUUUUCUGUUUUGUAGCGGGGCUUCGCCCAAGGUCGCGCCGUGCCAGUCCUGGGCUAUGCUCUGGGAAGCCCGUGGCGCAGGGCGGCCGCCACCCUUCUGGAACCAGUGCCGGAGAGGGCCAGGCAGCUGGGCCUGUGGAGGGGACGCAUGGAUGGAGCUGGGCGGCCCCCGGAGCCGGGAGAGUCAGUAGCUGCACUUCCGCCAGAGGGUUUCACCAUGUUGGCCAGGCUGGCCUGAACUCCUGACCUUAAGUGAUCCACUCGCCUAGGCCUUCCAAAGUGCUGGGAUUACAGGCGUGAGCCACCUGGCCCAGCCUGGAAUGUCGCAUCUUCCCCCAUUAAAUGAAACGAUGGACCCUGAGCAGAAAAAGGAACAAGGAACAGUGAACAGUGGCGGAAGAACCAGCAAAACCCAGAGCCUCGAGCUUGGUGCAGGAACCAAGGAGGCCCCUGGAAGAGCCCUGAGCUGGGAGUCGGACACCCGGGUUCUGGGCCCGGCUCAGCCCUGUGCCUGCCAUGUGACUGCUCUGUACCCCAUUUCCUGUCAAAAAAGAGAGGGGUCCGCGAUGUGAGAUGUGUGGCCCAUCAGGGGCUCUGAGGCUGCUUGCCUUCCUGUGUGGACAAGAAGUCUGGGGACAGGAGGCCGUCAGGCGGCCCAGCAAAUCCCCCAGGUGUCUUGCCCGGCGCCCAGGGGUUCAGUUUUCGGUGAUGAGUAAGACGUGCUCAGUGCCUCCGUGUGUCGUGUGUGAGACCUGAGACCAGAUGCCUGCUCCUCCCUCUGUUCCCAAGGGCAUAGCCCCAGGCCCGUCUGUGACCCUCCACUGGGCCCAAGAAGAACCUUUCCCCAGGCCUCAGUCCCCUGUGGCCUCCCGGAGCCGCACAGAGUGGGGAGGGUCUGCUCUCCAUCUGGCCAUUGUGGGCCCCACCCCAGGAGCUCCUGCCCCCGCCCCAGCCUCACUCCUUCUCCAGAGGCCGCGAGGCCUGAAGUUUGUGUUUCCCCUCAAGGUAGUUCUUAGCUGCGGUCAUAGAUUGCAGGGGAGGAGCCAGAAACGGAGAUGAAACCCAGGAGCCCCCACCCUCUUCACAGGGCUAAAGCCAGAAACCACCCUCCCAGGCCACAGCCUGCCUCAUGUGGCCACGCCUGCUCCCUGGCAGUGCGCGUCCUGCAACCCUUCCCACUCCAGGGCCUUGGCUUCCACCAUCAAUCCCCAUGUUUCAAAUCCCCGCUGCUCCCAAGACUACCUGCUGCCUCGGGGUAGAAUCUAAGCCCCUUCCCCUGGUGCUGGAGGCCCACAGAGUGGGCGCUGCCUGUCCCUCCACUCCUUCAGCGCCCUGACCACCGCCUGGCUGUUCCUCUGCCCCCAAAGCUUUCCUACUGGCUGCCUCCUUGUGGCACGCCCCCAUGCCACCCACGACCUCCCAUCAACUCCUAUUGAUUAUUAGCUUCUUUCACCCGCCCUCUGCCCUAGAGCACUGGUUCUUGGGGCACAGCAUCCUUGUCCUCCACAGUGAAGCUGGUGCCCCUGUACCUGGCAUAGCACCCACCCCGCAGCUGCUCGUGCAGGACGCCCGAGUAGGGGUGGAAUAGAGGGAGGAGUUCCCAGCCCUGGAGGAGGGAGCGGAGAGGAAGGCCAGGCCCAUUCGCAGCUGCCUCCUAUCUCAAAAACGUGGAAGGGGCUAUGACUGUAGGGCGGGGAGGGAGGGGAAUCCUUUUUGCUGACUCUCCCCACGGACCCUCUCCUGCCCUCUAGCUGGUCAGCUCCUCCACCUUUCCCCGCCGCAGCAGGCCAGGGAGCGGCUGUCUUGUCCAGGAUACUCGAGGGACCGAGGUAGGGGAAGCCUGUUUAACCCGUCCAGCACCUCCUGCUCUGGCCUGCAGCUCGCCCAAGCAGCUCUGCAGAGCGACUAGGUCAGGGCCUCUCCAGGUGUCUCCACUCGAGGGACGGCUGGCGCCACGCGGAAGAGGGGGAAGCGGGUCAGGGCGGGACAAGGGCAAGAGGUUACUGCUCUGGGCGCUGUGUCCUAAGGGCUGCCUCUGGUCUGCGGAGAAUGGAGGGUGCCCGGGGUCAAGCCCGGACUCUGGUCAGGGUACCCGAGCCUUAGCCACGCCCUCCUCCCCCAGCGUGCCGCGGGGGCGGGCACAGCAGGGCGGGCGUGGCUGGGACACGGGCUCUGCGUCGCCGACCCGCCCGGGAAGCUGGGACUUGAGCUGGUCUGCAUUCGGGCAAGGAUGGUGCCUGGCACAUGACCUGGUUUUGCACACAGUUGGUGCCUCAUAAAUGCGUGUGAAUCACAGAGGCGGAUGAGGCCAACACACAGGGAGAGGCGAGAACAGGCCCUGGCGUCGUGGCAUACACCAUGCAGGAGGUGCCUGGCAUGGUUGCUGUCCAGGGCUUAGAGGACAGAGGAAGAGCCCCGAGUCUGUGCACACUCUGCCACCACGGCCCUGCCCACCUCUGGAGCCCACAGGUGCCCAGCCCAGGCCCCUUGCUUUUGGCUAGACUCCUGCAAUAUGGGGACCCCCAUGAUGGCCACUCAGGAGAUUGGGGGCCCAGGAGGACAGGGGAGUGACUCCAGGCCAUGACUGGAAGUGCCCUGUGGCCCCUGUUCCCAGUCCCCAGGGAGAUGGGAGGGUCACACGCUGUUAUGAGGAAGAGGACACCGGGCUGGCCCUGGCCCAGGGUGGGCAGCUCUGGUUUCACUACUUGGCUGUGAGCCCCUGAGGCAGGUGCAGGAGCCAGGCACAGUGAGCAGGGCCCAGUGCCCCUCAGGCUCUGGGGAAGGGGUAUAGCCAGGUGGCCCAGAGCGAGGAGGUGCUGGGGACAGGUGUGACCACUUCCAGUCUCUCCCAGCCUGCUGGCCUUCAUCCCCUCCCAGAUUCCAAGGACCACCACUGGGAGCAUGGGGUGGACAUCGUCCCACCAGCCUCCUGGAUCCACAUCUGUAAAGACUCCAAAGUGAAGUGAGGCUGGCUUCACUCCAGCUCACAGCAAGGGAAGGGGCAGCCUCAGGGCCCAGCAACUUGCUCAGAGUGCACAGGAGUGCGCUGGGGCCUCUGAUCCUGCCCCCUGCCUGCAGGGCUGCACUGCCACUGUGUUCCACCCUCCAGGGUGGGCAGCAGUCCAGUGCGUCAUUCUGGGGCCUGAGCAGCGUGGCCAGAGGCCAGUCUGGGGUGGAGGCAACCUGGGCUGCAGGUUGUGGGUGGGGUCCUUGCUGUGCUUCUGGCAGCAGGAAUCAGAGAAGCAGUAACUGGAUCUGGCUGAGGGCCUGGCGGCCACCGAGGGUACAGGCAGCGAUCAGGUUGCGGCCGAGCCGUGAGCAUUCCACUGGGCAGCUUCUACAUCCGGAAGGGCCGGGCCGGGCUGGGAGCCCACACGGGGUUGGAGGAGGUGGGCAGGAACGAGAGAGGCCAAAAGGUGCAAGGCCAUGAAGAGGGGCGCUGGGCCUACACUACGAGGAAAGGGGAGUCGACCCUGCCCUUCAGCCCUGUAGGCCCUCAGGCCCUCAGGAUCUGGACUCUGUUCAAUCCGGGAGAGGCUGAAAUCCAAGCUGAGGGUAAUGAAAGGUGCCGCUCCUAAGCCGCACGUCUCUGAUCCGCCCUCCCUGCCCGCCCUCUGCUGCCCGUGGGCCCUCUAAGAGCUGCCCAGGCUGCUGCCGCAGGUCAGAGGCAGGUCAGAGCAGGCAGGGGGUUCAUGACGCCGGCUGGGUCUGGGGGCCGUGGGCCAGCCGAGCCGACCCGGGCUUCUCAGGGACCGCGGGGGCCGUGAGCACUCAGAGGGAGCGUCCCAGGCCCCUCCGGGGACCCAGCCAGCCUGAAGAUGCCAACGAACGGCCUGCACCAGGUGCUGAAGAUCCAGUUUGGCCUCGUCAAUGACACUGGCCGCUACCUGACAGCCGAGAGCUUCGGCUUCAAGGUCAAUGCCUCGGCACCCAGCCUCAAGCGGAAGCAGACCUGGGUGCUGGAACCCGACCCAGGACAAGGCACGGCCGUGCUGCUCCGCAGCAGCCACCUGGGCCGCUACCUGUCGGCAGAAGAGGAUGGGCGCGUGGCCUGUGAGGCAGAGCAGCCGGGCCGUGACUGCCGCUUCCUGGUCCUGCCGCAGCCAGAUGGGCGCUGGGUGCUGCGGUCAGAGCCGCACGGCCGCUUCUUCGGAGGCACCGAGGACCAGCUGUCCUGCUUUGCCACAGCAGUUUCCCCGGCCGAGCUGUGGACCGUGCACCUGGCCAUCCACCCGCAGGCCCACCUGCUGAGUGUGAGCCGGCGGCGCUACGUGCACCUGUGCCCGCGGGAGAAUGAGAUGGCUGCAGACGGUGACAAGCCCUGGGGCGUGGACGCCCUCCUCACCCUCAUCUUCCGUAGCCGACGGUACUGCCUCAAGUCCUGUGACAGCCGCUACCUGCGCAGCGACGGCCGCCUGGUCUGGGAGCCUGAGCCCCAUGCCUGCUACACGCUGGAGUUCAAGGCGGGCAAGCUGGCCUUCAAGGACUGCGACGGCCGCUACCUGGCACCCGUGGGGCCUGCUGGCACCCUCAAGGCCGGCCGGAACACGCGACCCGGCAAGGAUGAGCUCUUUGACCUGGAGGAGAGUCACCCACAGGUGGUGCUGGUGGCCGCCAACCACCGCUAUGUCUCUGUGCGGCAAGGGGUCAACGUGUCAGCCAAUCAGGAUGAUGAACUAGACCAUGAGACCUUCCUGAUGCAAAUUGACCAGGAGACAAAGAAGUGCACCUUCUAUUCCAGCACUGGGGGCUACUGGACCCUGGUCACCCAUGGGGGCAUUCAGGCCACAGCCACACAAGUUUCCGCCAACACCAUGUUUGAGAUGGAGUGGCGUGGCCGGCGGGUAGCACUCAAAGCCAGCAAUGGGCGCUACGUGUGCAUGAAGAAGAAUGGGCAGCUGGCGGCUAUCAGCGAUUUUGCGGGGGCCCCACCCCGCCUGGCCUGGACAGGGAAGGUGGCGGGAGGGGCAGCGCAGCAGACGCUCUCCCCGCCAGGCAAGGACGAGGAGUUCACCCUCAAGCUCAUCAACCGGCCCAUCCUGGUGCUGCGCGGCCUGGACGGCUUCGUCUGCCACCACCGCGGCUCCAACCAGUUGGACACCAACCGCUCCGUCUACGACGUCUUCCACCUGAGCUUCAGCGACGGCGCCUACCAGAUCCGAGGCCGCGACGGAGGAUUCUGGUACACGGGCAGCCACGGCAGCGUGUGCAGCGACGGCGAACGCGCCGAGGACUUCGUCUUCGAGUUCCGCGAACUCGGCCGCCUGGCCAUCCGCGCCCGGAGCGGCAAGUACCUUCGCGGCGGCGCCUCGGGCCUGCUGCGGGCCGACGCCGACGCACCGGUCGGGACCGCGCUUUGGGAGUACUGAGGCCGCGCCCAGACCAGCCUGUCGCGCAUUAAACCGUGUCUGUCCCGCAGCUGUGGGUGGGCUCCGGGGCGGGCGCCGCUUGGGAGUCCUGCAGCCAGAGGUGGAGGAGGCCCACAGUUCUCCCCAAACCAGAGAGUGCCCAGAACUUCCCAGUGCCCAAGGACUCCUGUCUGGGAGGUGGUCUUGUGGAUGGGCAGGGUAACCCAGGCCGGUGGAGGUGGGGAGGUCUUGAGGACGUGGGGAGGACGGGGGCUGGGGGACUGAGCCUGGGUGGGUUGAGGCCAUCAACACCGACCACAGAUGACCUCACUGGACACCGCCACUCCCCAACCUAGGUCCUCAACCCUCCCUAGCCCCUGGCAGCCCCUGCAGUGCUCGUCCUUCCUUGUGCACUGCUCAAGGCCAGGCAAGUGGCAGAGGGUGGGGGAGAGCCAGUCCUGGGGAGGUGGGACCAGCCAGCCAGCAAGGGGAGGAACUGGCUGGGAUACCCCUCCCCUAAGCCCACCAGCCUUAGGGACAAAGAAGGGCAGGCUUCCAUGGUAAGAGGCUGGAACUCCCCAGUCACGUGGGCAAGGUGAGUCCGAGUUAACCCUUGGAGGACCAGGUGCCACCUGGUCCAAGUUGGCAGGGAACGGCAGUGGCCCUGGAGCUCGGGCUGUCCCUGCAGCCUGCAGUGUCCCCUGGUGGCAGCCAAGGCGAGGUGGAGUCUGUGGCUGGGGCAGGACUGGGGGCACCAGGUGGAACCGCAGUGGCUAGCAUUCAGCACCUCCAGGCUCCCCCCUCAGCAGAGCCUUGGAGAGGGUCUCCCUGCACUGCCCUGCCUGACGUGAACUUGGCCUGCCACUGUGGGAACACCUGCUUCCAUCCACAUCCACAGCCUGGGGCACGGCGGGAGGCAGAGGCUAGAAAGCGGAGGGUGGGGUGGGAGAUCAAAGAAACUCUUUGGAAUGGAAUAAUGGCUGGGCCUGGAAGGGUAGGCCCCACUGCUGCUGCUGAGGCAGGUACUCCGUGCAGAGAGAGACAGCUGCCAGGUGGUGUCUAGCAGGUGCCCGUAGGAGGAGGGUGAGGAAGAGCUGCUGUCACCCCACAUGAGAGUUGGACUGAGAGUCAUGCAAGGCUACGGUGUCAAGCCACGAUCGGAGCUGGAACAGGUGGAGGAAGCUGGAAAGGUCGAGAGGCCACCCCUGCCACCGGGGAAGGGCCUCACAUAGUGAGAGCUCAGGUGCUGAGAGCCCAGGAGGUGUGCACUGAAGAGGUGAGGGCAGGGAGGCCCAGGAUGGGCGACAGGGUCUGGCCACACCGUGGUCUGCAGGCUCCCCGAGAAGCUGUGGACCUGCCACCUGCCUCUGAGGCUAAGCCCUCCUCAAAUGCCGAGUGUUGAGAGCAGGUUUCUUCGAGGUGCCUGUGAGUUGGAUGCAUUUCGCCCAGUCCCUGUACACUCUGGCGGCAGGGCGGGGCUGGGGACUGCCCACUGUGAUCCCUCCUCUCCUGCUUCUGUAAAUUUGCUUUUUGUUC